GCUGGCUGCCGCCGUUGCCUCCGCUGCUGGGCGCCUGGGCAGCUUCCCGGCUUCUGCGGCCGCCAUGGACGAGCAGGCGGGUCCCGGCGUCUUCUUCAGCAACAACCACCCCGGGGCCGGCGGUGCCAAGGGGCUCGGGCCUUUGGCGGAGGCUGCCGCGGCCGGCGACGGGGUGCCUGCGGCGGGGGCGGCUCGAGCCCAGUACAGCCUCCCGGGGAUCCUGCACUUCCUGCAGCACGAAUGGGCCCGCUUCGAAGUGGAGAGAGCCCAGUGGGAGGUGGAGCGGGCGGAGCUGCAGGCCCAGAUAGCUUUUCUUCAAGGGGAAAGAAAAGGUCAAGAAAAUUUGAAGAAAGAUCUUGUAAGAAGGAUCAAAAUGCUGGAGUAUGCUCUUAAACAGGAAAGAGCCAAAUACCACAAGUUGAAAUAUGGAACAGAAUUGAAUCAGGGAGAUAUGAAGCCUCCAAGCUAUGAUUCUGAUGAAGGUAAUGAAACAGAGGUGCAGCCACAACAAAACAGCCAAUUAAUGUGGAAACAAGGUCGACAGCUACUCAGGCAAUAUCUACAGGAGGUGGGUUACACAGAUACCAUUCUAGAUGUGAAAUCUAAACGAGUGCGAGCUUUGUUGGGCUUUUCAAGUGAUGUCACUGACAGGGAAGAUGACAAAAAUCAGGACUCAGUUAUAAAUGGCACAGAGGCUGAAGUUAAAGAGACCGCAAUGAUAGGAAAAUCCGAGUUAACAGAUUCUGCCUCUGUGCUGGAUAAUUUCAAAUUCCUUGAAGCUGCAGCUGCAGAUUUCAGUGAUGAAGAUGAAGAUGAUGACAUUGAUGGAAGAGAGAAAAACAUUAUUGAUACUUCAACAAUUGUUAGGAAGAAAGCAUUGCCUGAGAGCAGUGAAGAUCGAGAUACAAAAGAAGCUCUAAAAGAGUUUGACUUCUUGGUUACACCGGAGGAGGGAGACAGUGAAUCUAGAAGUGCAGGCGAUGGAACAGACUGGGAAAAGGAAGACCAGUGUCUCAUGCCUGAAGCCUGGAAUGUGGACCAGGGAGUAAUUACCAAACUCAAGGAACAAUACAAAAAGGAGAGAAAGGGGAAAAAGGGGGUGAAGAGAAAAACUACCGAAGAUCUGUUUCAGCCUCUAUCCUAUAUAAAACAGUCAAAACAGGGAUGUGGGAGAAUGAAGAAUCAAAGUUCAGGACCCAAUAGGUCAAAACUACAAGAUAUGCUUGCUAAUUUGAGAGAUGUUGAUGAACUUCCUUCGUUGCAGCCAUCUGUGGGUUCACCUUCCAGACCCAGCAGCUCCAGACUUCCUGAACAUGAAAUAAAUAGGGCAGAUGAAGUGGAAGCAUUGACAUUUCCUCCUUCUUCUGGGAAGUCAUUCAUCAUGGGAGCAGAUGAAGCCCUAGAAAGUGAACUGGGACUUGGAGAAUUAGCUGGCCUUACAGUGGCCAACGAAGCAGAUUCACUAACUUAUGAUAUAGCAAACAAUAAAGAUGCAUUAAGGAAGACAUGGAACCCUAAGUUUACAUUAAGAAGUCACUUUGAUGGCAUUCGAGCCCUUGCUUUCCAUCCCAUUGAACCUGUUUUGAUAACAGCAUCAGAAGAUCACACAUUAAAAAUGUGGAAUUUGCAGAAAACAGCCCCAGCCAAAAAGAGUACUUCCCUUGAUGUAGAACCUAUCUAUACAUUCAGGGCUCAUAAAGGUCCAGUGCUUUGUGUGGUAAUGAGCAGCAAUGGGGAGCAGUGUUAUAGUGGCGGCACUGAUGGACUGAUCCAGAGCUGGAACACCACCAACCCCAACAUUGACCCCUAUGACUCUUAUGAUCCAUCUGUUUUAAGAGGCCCUCUGCUAGGCCACACCGAUGCAGUCUGGGGCUUGGCUUACAGUGCAGCACACCAGCGUUUGUUGUCCUGUUCAGCAGAUGGCACUCUCCGUUUAUGGAAUACAACGGAGGUUGCUCCAGCCCUAAGUGUAUUCAAUGAUAAUCAAGAAUUGGGAAUCCCUGCUUCUGUGGAUCUGGUGAGCAGUGACCCAAGCCAUAUGGUAGCUUCCUUCAGCAAAGGCUAUACAAGCAUCUUUAACAUGGAAACACAGCAGCGCAUUCUCACUUUAGAAUCCAACGUAGAUAUGACAGCCAAUUCUUCAUGCCAAAUAAAUAGAGUGAUCAGUCAUCCCACUCUCCCCAUAAGCAUCACUGCUCAUGAAGACAGACAUAUCAAAUUCUAUGAUAACAAUACAGGCAAACUGAUCCACUCAAUGGUAGCCCACCUAGAAGCAGUUACAAGUUUAGCAGUUGAUCCUAAUGGCCUCUACUUGAUGUCUGGCAGUCAUGACUGUUCAAUACGUUUAUGGAACCUAGAAAGUAAGACAUGUAUCCAAGAGUUCACAGCUCACCGGAAGAAGUUUGAAGAAUCGAUUCACGAUGUAGCUUUUCAUCCAUCCAAAUGCUAUAUAGCCAGUGCUGGAGCUGAUGCACUGGCUAAAGUAUUUGUAUGACACAAUGCAUCAUCUCUACCUUCUAGCUCUUUAUAAAUAGUCAACUGCACAAAAGAUAUUCAGAAGACCAGGGCAAGAAUCAGUUUGUCUUGCUCUUUUGUUCUGCUGGAGGAGCACAGAGAACAUUUGUUAAAAGUAUAGUUUUGCAAUUCGUAUACUGUUUUCUAAAACUAAAGUCUGUUCAGGUUGCUGCAAGCUCAGCUGAAUCUGUGAGCCUGAAACUGUUGCAAAUUUUCCCCCCAAGUAGAUGCUUUUAUUUCUGAAGUUGUUCUAAUUCGCUAGGCAGGCCGAGCGAACAUAGGUUUAUCUUGUCCCUAUUGAGUAAAAGAGGGCACAUUAUAAGGAAUAUUGUAAAAAGCUUGUGGCUGGGAAUGAGUUCAAGAAGAGUGAGUUUAAGAAGAAUGAGUUUCAGAAGAGCUAGGGAGACCUAGCUCUCCCCUGGGAAAUCUUGUUUCACACAUUAGGUAGUUAAAAAAAAAUAAUCUUUACCAUAUCUGCUAUACUAAUCCCUGUGUGCAUAAAGACCAGUUGCAGUGUUAAAAUGAGUUUUUUAAUUUAACUGUCUUUUCAACUGUUCAUAUAAAGCACCUGGCAAAGAAUUUACCUAUUAGGGAAAAAAAGAAAUGCAAUAAUAUGUUAAAUAUAUUGUUAUUCUGAAAUGUGAAAUAUAAUAGUUUGUAAGCAGAUUUCUAUAUUGUAUCACUUUUGAAAAUAAAUUUGGUUUUAUUCUAAAGGUUAGUUGUGAAAAGCACUCACCAUUAUGAAGAAUAGUUGAUAGAGUCUGCUUUUACUAAAGGAUUUAACUUAUUCAGGUUUAAGAUUCUACUUAUUUUGAGGGCAAACCGGACAUAAUUUAUUAAUUUAAAAAUUCACUUUAUUCAUGAUAUUUAUAGUGUCAGAGUGUUUAUUUCAUAUCAAUGAAAUCUUACCUUUCAGUGGUUGAAAAGACAGAAGUUAUUUGCCAAGUACUUAUCUAUCACCACCCACAUAUCCAUGCUUCAGAUGAUCUCUACUCUUUCUUUUUUGUAUCUCAUAUUAAAAUUUAUCUGACACCUACCCAAAAUAGUUUAUAAUGAUUAUAUUUUAAUAGUCCAAAGAGUAUGGUUAACCUCAGGCAGCUGCUUUUGCAAAAGAUCUAAAUAAAGUAAGUGUUUUAUAACCCAGGAGUCCUCUAUUAAUAUCUCCAAGAAGAACCUCCUGGAAAUUGGGAUGGAAGAGUUCAGUAUGUGAUAUGGGAUAAAGAGUUCUCUCUCUCUUUCCCUCCCCCAUUAUUAAUUAGGUAUUUAAUUGGAAUACACAACAUGUUUUAAUGGGCAGUGAAUCAAUAUUAUUUCUGGGGGAAAAAUUAUGUCUUGAAAGACCAGGGGUUUCUGAGCCUACUUUGCUUGUGACUCACACGUCAGCUCUUGGGAUUCUCACGACUGCCCAUGUCUGGCCUUCUGGUAUAUAAACCUCAUCCCUGCAACUGUCUCACCCCUCCUCACUCUUUCUUUUUUUGCCCAAAAUGUCAGAGACCAAUCUAAAAACUAGAAUAAAUUACUCUAUAUAAUACGCUCUGAAACUUUUAAAGGUCCAUAUCCAUAAAUAUUUUAACCUUUUAAUAUAAUUCCUACAUUCCUAUCCCCACAUAUUCCAUUGUAAUAACAGCAUCUACUCCUUGAUGAAGUAUUCUGGUGGUGAUGCAGGCAAUAAUUGACAAUUAUUCUUAGAAUUUUUGCUUGCCUGCAACUGAAUUCUGCAGAAUGCAGGCAAAUUUUCUUUGAAGUUAAAGUACCUGUGCUAAGUUUGCCUGAUUGUGAUACAGAUAUGCUUUAAUAUUUUGACAGAGAUACCUUGUCCAUUUGUCUGUGCUUUGGUUAACAUUGGGCUCAAGGCACUCCUUUGCAUCAUCAAAUGUAUUGACCUGGAUGUGAGCUACCAGGUGUGCAUUCCCACACAGAUUCAGAUUUCCAUGUUGUAUUUGGUGAAUUCCUCUUUUGGUUUAUUAGAAUAAAGAAAUGGUUUUGUUGACCUAACAUGUACAAGGAUACUGGAAAAUUUCAGUCAGGUGCUCUUACUUGGUAUCUUAAUUAUGGACAUCUGCAAAGCUAUUCUAUCAGUUAUUGCUUUAGUACCUUCCAUGGUCUGCAGUGCCUGCUUUAUUUGCAUCACUGAAAUUCUCAAAAUGAAGAAAUUCUCUUCACCUGCAUUUUAUGUCUCAUGGUUGAAAAUUUCUUUAGUGGGUAGAAAAUAACCAUGAAAUAUGUAGACUAUAAUGCAAAUGAUGGAACUGUUGAAAGUUCCUUAGAAAGCUGGUGCUGUGCCAUUGGAGAAUGCACACAGAAACAUGUUCUUCUCCACUAGCACUGUAUGAUCUUCCCUUAGAAAUGAGCCAAAGCUGUCUUCCAAGCAAAUAGAAACAUAUAUCUGGUUUUUCCCUCAGCCUAUCAAAAAUUCAGUAUAAAUUCAUAAAGUGAACAAAUUCAAGAUUCAGUCAUUGGAAUGCUAUCACAGUGCUUGAUUUGUAAAUAUUCUGGAUGAAAUAUAUUGGAAUAGUAUGAAAAUUGGCAGGAGCUGUGGGAUCCUGCUUUAUUUUCAUAUGCUAUGGAUCCAUCCCUGGAGCUUGCAGCACCCUUCUCAAAACUCUGCUGUCGUAUGGAGCUCAUUUGCUACUCAAACCAUAGACAGAUAUUUAAAAUAAGUGAUAUAAUAACCAUCAGUAUUUUUCUAUUGAACAAGUUUAGCGAUUUUUGCCAUUAAACAGAUAAUUAGUUAUGCAAAGUAUUUAGCUUUUAUAAUCAUUUUAGUUAUGACUAAAAGGGAAAUUGAGCUGCAUCACUGAUAAUGAACUUUGUGAGAAAUUUUUGUUUAUCUGACUUUCAUUCCUUAAGUAUUCUUGCUAUAAAUUUCUUUUGGAGAUGAUGAUGGAAAUUUAUUUGAAAGUGUCUAACAUGUAUGUAUAUUUUAUAAAUAUAUAUUAUAUAUAUUUAUAAGAAUAUAUAUAAUAUAUAUAGACUACACACAUAUAUAUAUAUAAAACCAUAGGUGCAUUUUACUGUUUUGUAUUUUCAUUUUUGAAGAUAGUGUACACAGAAGGUAACGAUGAGUAUGAAGAGUGUUGUGCUAUUUGCUUUUGCAGUAUAAUAUAUAGUUCUAAAUGUUUAAAUUACUGUAUAUAUACUAUAUUCAAUAUAGGCUAGCAUGCUUGUUUUAAAGACUGUCAUUCUAGUUUAUUAAAAUCUGAAUGUAAGAAAACCUGACUAUUCAAAUGUGAAUUGAAAAAUAUUUCAUUCUCAGUACUGAACUACUCCAUUGACAUUAGGCUUUAACAAAACUGAUAUCAUCAAGAAGGCAAUAGCUAGAGAAUGAGAGGUGCCUUUAAAAAUAUAUAUAAAUGCAGCCUUACAGCAAGAAUGAGGAUUGGGUUGUGUGUGUGUGUGUGUGUGUGUGUGUGUGUGUGUGCUUGCCAGUCUGUGAAGGUCCUGAUUUGUGACCAUCGAUGUCUUGUUAAUGUUAUCUGCUCAACUUCUAGGAUUUCAGGGGACAUUUUUUGCGCUGUCUUUGUGCUCACCUGAGCACCAUAUGUAUUUUCCAAGACUUUUGGAAUGUUGAAUUGCUAGAAAUUUCAAUAGAGGGAAAAAACCCUGUAAUUAUAGUCAAAUUUAGGUAAAAGGAAAAAUUAUUGGUUCACCAAAAUUAUUAGAUCUCUAAUGUUGGCUUAAGUAAAUGUACUUUUAAAGUCUCACUUUUUUAGUACUUCAUAUAUUCCCCCCUAAUACAAGAACAUGUCAUGAAAUUCUCAUGUGAUGAAGAUUCAACUUGUGAAGUUAUUUUUAGAUACCUGAGCUAGUUAAAAUUCCACCUAAGAGUAGUCUCAAAGUAUUUAAAUGGCAUCUUUCAUAUCUACCUCUUUGUCAUUGCUGCCAUUUUAACUAAAGCAAGUCUUUGACAUCUAAAAUGAUGGUUGGAUAAAACUUAAAAAUCUAUGUUGGUGCUUUUCUCAGCCUUUGUCAUUUAAGGUAUACUGGACUAAGAUGUCACUAAUCGGGUUGAAAGACUUAGGAUUAAUUUUAGUUUUCUUUGAAAGAAAUGCUUACAAUUUACCAUCAUUGUUGAUAGUGGAGAAUCUCCGGUUAGUAUGUUUGUGUGAUAUUUUCAACCAAGAGCCAAGCUGUUACUAGAUUUAUCUGGAAAUAGGGCUCUACGUGUAAUUUUCUUCAGCUUACUUUAUUCUUUGAAAGCUAUGUCAAGGCUGUUAAGUACAUAAAUCAUUCAUUUUAUUUACUCAGAAGUUGCCUCCAUUGCUCUUGUUCCUUGUUUAGUUAUUUAUAUAAUUGUAGUACUUUUAAGUGUUUGACACUGGGAUUCAGGUUAUAUAAAAUUAAUAGCUGACAGAAAUUACACAUAUAUUUUUGUGAAGUGUAGCAGUUCCUAAGGUUCAUUUUAGGGAAGGUCCAGAAAACUAACAUAUCUGUGUUUAAAAACAAAGGCCGAGACAUUGGUAAAUGAUUAGAAUCAUUUUUACGUUAGCCAUUGAAAGCUUUUGGAUUGGCCAUAUCCAUCAUUUAAUUGGCUCACCGUGUCAGUGUCAAGAUGCCAGGUUGAUAAAGUAUUUGAAAGAUUGCCUCCAUUUUUUUAAUUAAAAAAAAGGCCAAACAGAUCCCUAUAUCCUGCUUAUUCCAGCAAUAUUCCUGAAGCAGUAUUUAAGGGUCAGAAUUUUGUGGAUCUUUGCUUGUAUUUAAUUAGGACCACACAUUCUUGUCAUCCCUCUGAUGCAAAUUGGAAAGUUCGUUUUAAUUUAGAUUAACUCUAAUGUCUGCCUGGGUUUUUAACAGGCUGUGAACCAGUGAGUGCCUUGUUAAUGUAGAAUGAUUUUUUUCCCCCCUGUGUUGUAUGUUAGCUCCUCUCUGAAAAUGUCUCAGAGAAUGGCAUUUCAGUUGACUUGUAGAGAGCUGCUAAAUUUGGUAUUUUCAGCAAUCAGAAAGUCUUUGGUCUACCGUAUACCUCCCUCUUAAUUUUUUAUUGUUUGAUUAAUGUUUGUCCCUUGAGAGGAAAAAAAAAAACAAACAACCUUUUCCACACACUUUUUUCCAAUCCAGAUUAAAAGGUAUUCCCUAUACCCAUCCCAACUAUAUGAUCUGAUGCUUGUUUUUAGAAGGAAUCACUUCUUUGUAAUCCUGAAAUCUGCUGGUUGUUUUAUGUCUUCUCAAUUUGAGUUUAUUAGAGCUGACCUCAGGCAACUUCAGUACAGAUUCCUAAUUAACUCCUUUCCACAUACCACCCACACCCCAACUUGUGAGCCCUGGGCCAGAAUGUUUGAUGUUCAGGUAUUUUAAAUUUUAGUUAUAAUAUCUAUGUAAAUUAAUCCAAAUGCUAAUUUUUGUGGUGCAAGAAGCUUCUUUUGUAAAUUCAGGGUGUGGAUAAGCUAAUUAAGAUACCCUUUUUUUGGUGGCUCUGAGUGUAUUAUUUGUUUUUAAAUAAAGUGUAUAUAGAUAAUAUGCUAUAGGUGUCUCAUGAAUUGAAAUAUUUAUCAGACUUGGACUACAGUGGAUUUACAGUAAACGAGCUAAAAUACCUUAAUACAACCUGAUUUUAUUUCCCUCCCCCUGUGGUGGGGGUGGGGGAGGUAUAGUAAAAGGGUGCAGAGAAAUAAAAGGGUGUUAAAGAAAGUAGAUGUGAUUCCUGAGGAAUGAAUUGAUCUUAAUUAUUGACUGUGAGGAGUGUAGAGAAAGUCUCUCAUUAAAGAGAAUUUUAACUUUUAAAAGGGAAAGCCAGUGAAAAUAAAAUACCCUUUAAGAUUGGAUCUUUGAUAAUUUCAGGGACAUCUACUUUAAGAAAUUGUAUACACAUACAUAAAAUUUGAUGUGCUUGUAGUUUUCUUUGGCUACUUAAUAGACAAGCAUAAGCCUUCUACACCUUUUGCCCCUUCAGAGCAACAUAAUUUUUCAAGAGCUUCCCCUCCCCAGAACUCACAGUUUCUUUGUUAAAAUCUGGAGCCACAAAUUUAUCUGCAAACUGAAAAGUUACCUUUGACCAUAUCCUUGAAACUAAGCAGUGUUCUCUGAUGUGUUGACUGCUGCUGUAGUGAUGCGUGUUAUAUCUUUUGGAUGUACAAAUGUUUUUGUGCUCAUGCCAGAAAUGUCCCUUUUAAUGAGAAUUGAUUAACUGGAUUUAUUUUAUAGCAAUCUAAAUCUAGCUUAGACGGCCACAGGGACUCUAGUUUGAUAGACUCUAGAUCAGUCCAGGUUCAGAGUGGUAUUGUGACCUGUGCUGGGGUACCAAAGACCACCAUUGAGGUUUUUAGGGGUCCCAGAGCAGUCCUGGCACUUAGGGUAGGCUGCAGGAACACACUUUAACCCAGAGGAUCGCUUCACUUUAUUUCUGUUACAUCCGUGGUUUACAUUGAUUAGGACAUUUCAAUUCCAUGGAGAAGCACUGACGUGCAACUUUGAAAAUUAGAAUCCUUUUUUUUUUUUU